GAAUACGUUUUGUUUAAUCAAAGCUCAGCGUGCCUUUGGUGUGGUCUGGUCCCCUCAACGCCCACCCAAAUCCGCAGUUAGAACACGAAAAGGAGUGAAAGAGGCAAACGUGUGGCUCUCUUUUCCAGGCCGAACCUCUUUCGUCCUCCACCACCAACGACAACAACGACAACAACGACGAAGAUGUUCGCCAAUUUUAAAGCUUCAAGUUCUGUCCUCCUGUUUUCCCGGAUCUCCCUCUAUUUUUCCACCAACUUGUUCUUCGAACCAACUCUCACAAUCCCCUUCCAUCAUGUCUCUAACAAUUAAAUCUCACUUCGCUUAUCCUACUUACCUCAGCUUCACCACUAAACCCAGCAGAUUCACGGGUUAUAACACUAAAAUCCGACCAAAUUCUAUUUACCAUUUUAAUCCUUUAAAAUUAACUUAUUACCAACCCAAAAAAAUGCAAGCCCCCGUCCAGUAUUCUCCAGCUCCCGUGAUCAAGAGCUCGUUGAUCGAGCCUGAUGGCGGGGCCCUCGUCGAUCUGGUUGUCCCAGAGGGCGAAAGGGGAGCGAAGACGAUUGAGGCCGAGUCAUUGCCGAAGGUGAGGCUAACCAAAAUCGACGUGGAGUGGGUGCAUGUAAUCAGCGAAGGCUGGGCUAAUCCUUUGAAAGGAUUUAUGAGGGAAGAUGAGUAUUUGCAAAGCUUACAUUUUAAUUCUCUGAGAUUGAAAGAUGGGUCUAUUGUCAACAUGUCACUUCCCAUUGUUUUGGCUAUUGAUGAUGAGACUAAGGAGAGAAUCGGGUCUUCUUCCCAUGUUGGGUUGGCUGGACCUGAUGGAGACUUGAUCGCCAUUCUUAGGAGCAUUGAAAUCUACAAGCAUAACAAAGAAGAAAGAAUUGCUAGAACAUGGGGAACAACUGCACCAGGUUUGCCAUACGUGGAGGAAGUCAUUAUUCCUGCUGGAAACUGUCUCAUUGGAGGUGACCUAGAAGUUUUGAAACCUGUAAAAUAUAAUGAUGGGCUUGAUCACUACAGACUUUCCCCCAAGCAACUCAGAAAGGAAUUCGAUAGGCGUAAUGCUGAUGCUGUUUUUGCUUUUCAGCUAAGGAAUCCCGUGCAUAAUGGACAUGCACUAUUGAUGAAUGAUACUCGGAGACGACUUCUAGAAAUGGGUUUCAAGAAUCCAAUCCUCUUGCUUCAUCCUUUAGGUGGUUUCACUAAGGCUGAUGAUGUGCCCUUGGAUGUUCGGAUGGAGCAACACAGCAAGGUCCUAGAAGAUGGAGUCCUUGACCCUGAGACUACCAUUGUGGCCAUAUUCCCAUCACCUAUGCAUUAUGCAGGUCCAACAGAGGUACAGUGGCAUGCCAAGGCAAGGAUAAAUGCUGGGGCUAACUUCUACAUUGUUGGUCGUGAUCCUGCUGGAAUGGGUCACCCAACAGAGAAAAGGGAUCUGUAUGACCCUGAUCAUGGGAAAAAAGUCUUAAGCAUGGCUCCUGGCUUGGAAAAGCUUAAUAUUUUGCCGUUUAGGGUUGCGGCUUAUGACAUGGUGGCAAAGAAGAUGGCAUUUUUUGAUCCUUCACGUGCCAAAGAUUUCCUCUUCAUCUCUGGAACCAAGAUGCGAACCUAUGCAAGAACUGGUGAGAACCCUCCCGAUGGUUUUAUGUGCCCUGGGGGAUGGGAAGUCCUUGUCAAAUACUACGAGAGUUUGCAAGCAGAGGAGGCAACACAGCAACCAGCUGCUGUAUCUUCUUAGAUGCAUAAUUUAGUAGUAGAUCUUGCAGCGAGUUUUAUUACAUAACAUGUGUGGUAGGCUUGUCCUAUGGUGUCAAGUUCCUAAUGGCAGCAGCACCAGUAAUGGAUUCAACAUCUCCAUGUCUACUUUUAUGCCUUUGUUCAACUCCCUGGUGGUUGGGGUUUUGUUUUUAAGCGGAUAAUAUUGUAGCAAGACAAACAAUUGAUGCUGGUUUGAAAUCUCAUUCUUUUUUCAAGUUUGACA